AUGCCGAAUUUAAAAGAUAAAAAGACAUGCGUUACUGGCCGACGGAAAGAAAUUACUAAAGAACUACUGGCCAAUCUUCCAGCAGUGAACAAAGAUGACCUAAUUAACAGAAUUGUCGUGAAGCCAGCAACGAAUGAAGACACUGAGCCAGAUCCAUCGGUCGUCAUGGCGCAACAAACUUAUUUGCACGAAGUUAAAAAAGGACGCUUUGAAUCGAGACAAUCUUCUUUGCCACUUUUGAGGUCGAUUCGAAUGAGGCAGGAGGAGGAAGAUUCAGUGAAGGCAGCUUUCAGGAGAGCAGAGAACGACAAAAGCUCUCAGGAUUUUUACGGUAUGACUAACAUUCACGACAUAAUAAAAACAGUUCCCUAUCAGGAUAUAGACAAGAAUGAUUAUUGCACGGUGAGUAAGCGCGGAGUGAUGCGGGUGAUGAUGAACGAGGACAGUGACUACAUUUCAUUGGAGAGGUUCGAUGAGGAAUUCAAAUACUUCCAACAACUUAUCAAGAUAAGAAUCUUCUGCAUGUUCCGCCAAUGGAAGUCGUUCAGUACCUGGAAGAAGAAUGUUUUGAGACCAGCUCUUGAAAAAGUUCGAAGCAUAUGCUUGAAAAUUGAUGAUUUGUUGCUCUGCCGUUAUAAGAUUGGCAAGUUAUAUACAUUAAGCGACUUUAUGGAGUUUCAAAAUACUCAGCUCAAAUCUGUAGUAGAAAAGUUGCUACAGUACAGAGAUUCGAUGAAGAGGAUCGUGAUGAAUGCCUGCAAAAACGUCUUCAGCGGCGCCAACUUUUCUAUCGACAUCAACAAAUAUUACAAGGAUUAUUCAGAGCACUUGAAACCAUCGAGGUACAAGGACGACGUGUUUGUCGAGCCGCCUGAGAUGACAUACACUGAGCAGGCCAACAAGAAGGAGCUCUGUAGGAGGCUCACAAACUUCAUACGCCUCGUAGACUACCUAACGGUGAACACACUUCAUUUCCUAACCUUGAGUUCCGCACGGAGCUUCUUGUACCAGCUGAUCAAAUGUAGCCACAAAACGCCGGCCGUCCAGGAUAUUGUCAGCUGGCUGCAAAUCGUCGACGAGGCCGCUAAAAGUUCUGUCAAUCCGGAUAAGAUGAAAAAGAUUUUUGUGAUGACUCAUUCAGAAGACGGUCAGUCACCAAUCUUUGUGACGGAGUUCGUAAUGAUGCAGCAGGAUAAGCUUGCAUUCGAUCCCGACGAGUUGGCCUUUCAACAGGCCAUUGAACUUCUGAUCACUAAAUUUCAAGAGACUACACUGAAACCGAUGAUAAACAACAAGAUAGAGAAGAGAACGUGCGGUGAUGGCCCGAGUUUGUUAUCAAUCCUGGAAGAUAACAACUACAUCAAGAUACUCUUUAAAAGUAUCAUCCGUACAAUUGCUGAAGUGUUUGAAGCGGCCUACACCUACGCUGAUACCUUCGCCGACUUCAUGCAAUUUUAUACGGAGAACCAGGAUUUUAACGCCGAAAAAUUGAAACAAGAAAAUAAAGAUGUUGCAUACUUCCAAGAGGCACUGGAUCGUUACCAUAGACAGUACAGAAUGAUCGACGUCAUCCAGAAUAAAAAGUCUUUGGGGCUAAUUUUGGUUGAUGCCACGAAUUUUAAAAAUCAACUCAUACCAUCUCCGCUCAACUGUCUAGAUAUUUUGCACGUGAUCCUUCCAUGGAAAGCCCGGAAGGAGGCUGACAGGUUGACCUCUGAACUGCAGGAUGCCGAAUUUAAUUUGGAAUUUCAAUGCUCCACCACGCAAGAUUAUGUCAAUCAACUCGUAUUUUUAGAACAAAUUCAAGAACGGACAUUAUUCCCAUCAAUCAACACGGUGUACAACUGCAUCGACAAAAGCCUCGGCGAUCGAGACAAGAACGUCGCAUCAUUCAACGUCAGUCUCGAGAAGGAUAUCAUUGAAUUGAACAAGGAACUCAAGUUACUAAAACAGCAGUCGCAAAACCAAGCGAUAUUGGAUCCGGACAUGAACAUAGCAGCAGUGUACGACGUCCUGAAGGCCCUCAUGGACAAGUUGGCAGAACUCCAGCACAAGGCUUCUACUUUCAAGGGCUAUCAAAAGUCACUCAAGGUAGCGAUAACGAAGUUGGAAGAUCUGGACGACGUGAAUGACGAACUGAAGUUGCGACAGUUACUAUGGGACUCUAUAAUGCAGUGGGAUGUCCUCGUACAAAAGUGGAUGGAGGCGAGUUUGGAGACGCUAGAUGCAGAAGAGCUGACGAGUACAACGUUGAAGUAUUUAAAAAUCGUCAACCAGCUGGAGAAGGGUUUGCCUCCGAAUGGAGUGGUGCCCAAAUUGAAGGAACAAAUUGAAAAGAUGAAAGUUAAGCUGCCGAUGGUAACUGACCUUCGCAAUCCCACUUUAAAACAACGCCACUGGGACGCCAUUGAGGCAGUUCUGGAAUUCUCCUUCACGGCAGAUGAGCCGCUGACGUUGGGCAAGUUGGAUCAGAUCAAGGCCUUUAAACACUCGGAGGCCAUUCAAGAAAUUUCAGGCCAGGCUAGCUCGGAAGCCAGCUUGGAAUCUAUACUUAAAAAGAUGACCUUGGACGACUGCAAUGUCAACAUCUCAACCAUCGCCAGUUCGCACCACGCUAAACCCAUCAAGCCGAAAGUAGACGAGUGGGCGAAGCAGCUCGACAUCUUCGGCAAGACCCUGGAAGCUUGGUUGAGCUGUCAACGUAGCUGGAUAUACUUCGAAAGCAUCUUCAGUGCCCCUGACAUCCAGCGUCAGCUUCCCGCCGAAUCGAAACUCUUUGUAACUGUCGACAGGUCAUUCAAGGACAUCAUGAGGAAGGUCUACAAGGUGCCCCUGGCCAUCAGGGCUGGAACCCAACCAGGCUUAUUGGAGUCGCUACAGAACAACAACGUCCUACUGGAGCAGAUACAAAAGUGCUUGGACGCAUAUCUCGAAUCGAAGAGAGUUGUAUUUCCGAGGUAG